UUGGCGCAGUGGGGGUUGCUUACCUAAUACAGAGCCGAGCGCACACAUGGAACUAGUGAAUUUCGAUGGGCGCGCACGACUUCAACCAUCAUCAACACCCACUACCCUUCGCCCACUAACCCACAGCGCGAAAUCAGUCAAAAUGGUCAACGUACCCAAGACCCGCCGAACCUACUGCAAGGGCAAGGACUGCAAGAAGCACACUCAGCACAAGGUCACACAGUACAAGGCCGGAAAAGCUUCGCUGUUCGCCCAGGGAAAGCGUCGUUAUGACCGCAAGCAGAGUGGUUAUGGUGGUCAGACCAAGCCCGUUUUCCACAAGAGGGCGAAAACCACCAAGAAGGUCGUGCUCCGAUUAGAAUGCACUCAGUGCAAGACCAAGGCACAGCUUGCCCUCAAGCGUUGCAAGCACUUCGAGCUCGGUGGUGACAAGAAGACCAAGGGUGCCGCUCUUGUGUUCUAAGCAUGUUCCCUUGUUCUCUCUUUUUUGCUGGGCCCUCGGCGUCGUCUUCAAU